AUGGGCAAACAAGUGGCUGGGGAACAGGAGAAGCUGCGGGGACACGCGCCUCGUCAGGACCGGUUCAACGGUUUUCUGGACCGCCUCGUUGAUCAGCUUUGUCCGGAUGACCUGCAUUUCGAAAAGCCAUUACGCAUCGUUUUCCUGUCCUUUCUGGCUUUGACCGUAUGUGUUCUUACUGUUCAGAACAUCGUUUCCGAAUACCGGAAUUUGCGUGAACCCCAGGAAGCGCUCGUCAACACCGCUGAACGCCUGCUGAUGAAGCAAAAGAAGGUCGGCUCCGAAACGCUUGACGAAAUCGUCGGUGCGCUUGGUGCGAAUGAAGAUCUUCUGAACGCGAUCCGCAACAAUGACCAUCGACAGAUCAAACAGGUUGCAGAUGCACUGUUUGCCGUGAAAUUUGACAAUCUCAACGUGGUGGAACUUGCGAUCUAUUCCGCCAACCGGAACCUGAUUUACCCGGUCAAUGGCACGGCACCCGUCCGCGUUCCCGGCGCUGUCUUCAAGUCCGACCUGAAUUCAACCGCCCCUGGCCGGAGCGACGGCAUCGAAUUCGGCCCGAACAACCAGUUCGUUGUCAGUGUCUUUCGUCCGUGGAUAUCCGACGGUCAAUUGCUGGGAUACCUGAAGCUGGCAAUCGACAUCGAACGCUCCCUGGCACUUGCAAGUGCUGCGGUGGACGCUCAGAUCGUGAAAUUGUGCGAAUUGCCCGCGGCCAACGGAGACCCUGCCGGUUCGACCCGUUACAAGAUCCUUGGAAACCUUGCUCCAUCGGGGUUUGAUCUGGGCGUUUUUUCUGCCGGCGACCAAGACCUUGCCCGGAUACAUCCAUUGUAUCUUCAGGACGGCAAGGUCUUCAUGGUUCGCGACCUGCCUAUCGCGGUCACACAGAACGAUCACGCAUUCAAGCUGCUGCUGGUCAAAGACAUUACCGACAACGUCUGGGCAUUCUUGAACGGUAUUGUCAUUUCCCUGCUUGCCGGUAUCGGCCUUUCUUUCAUUGCUUGGGCCGUCAUCCAUCGCCUUCUUUCACGCUUGCAAUCGUCUGUUCAAAAAACCCGCGCACGGCUCGAAGCAGAAGUCAGGGACUACACUGAGAAGCUGGAAAGCAAUGCGUCAAAACUUAUCGAAGCUCAACGUAUUGCCACAGUUGGAAGCUGGGAAAGGGAUGUUGCCACGAACGAGGUCAGCGCGACGGAAGAAUAUUAUCGGAUCAUGAACCUUCCAGCUGGUCUUUCCUCGAAGAAGAUCAUCGAAAGAGUAUACGCCCAAAUACCUGAAAACGAGGCGCAGGCGGCCAAACUGAUGGUCAGGCGUGCGAUCGAGACCUGCGGCGAAUUUGAUUUCGAACACUCGCUGGUGCCAGAGAACGGUUCUCCACGCUACCUCCACAUCCGCGGCUAUGUGCUUUCCGGCCGGGACGGAACGGCGACCAAAGUCGUGGGAACCGUGCAUGACAUAACCGAACGCACACGGGCGGACCGCAAAAACAAUCUGCUGGCCAAUAUUCUGGAAUCUUCGCUCAAUGAAAUUUACAUUCUCGACGCCAAGACCUUCCGCUUUGAACAUGCCAACAAAUGUGCCCUGAACAACCUCGGCUACAAGCUCGACGAACUUAAGUCGCUGCAGAUCUGGGACAUAAAUCCCAUUUAUGAUCGGGAUACGAUCGAGCGGCAGACCAGGCCUCUACAGAACGGUGACAUUGAGGGCGUGGCCGCGGAAUGUCUGCACAAGCGCGUCGAUGGUUCCGAGUAUCCGGUAGAUCUGCGCGUACAAUUGCACCAGGACAAGGACCACGAUCUUUUCGUCAUCAUUGCAAAUGAUGUCACCGAAAGGGUCCUGCGGGAGACUGAAACCCGUGAGGCCAGAGUACGGGCCGAGCGAUUGGCCUAUUUCGAUCCACUCACCAAACUGUCCAAUCGGGCUGGAUGUCAGCGUGAUGCGAAACAGCGCUUCGGCCACGACACCAAACCAGCAUUCCUGGUGCAUGUCGACAUGGACAAUUUCAAGCGCGUGAACGAUACGCUCGGGCAUCUUGCCGGCGAUUAUUGCCUUGAAGAAACCGGCCGCAGAUUGCGUGAAGUCUCGCGCGGGCUAGGCACGCCCUAUCGAUGGGGCGGUGAUGAGUUCGUCAUUAUUGCCGAAGCGAGCGACUCCGAUCCGAACGAACUUUGCGAGCGCGCACGUCGACUCAUGCGCAUGCCGAUGGAGUUCAAGGGCAAUCGGUUCUGGCCAACCGUCAGCAUGGGCAUUUCGCUGUGUCCAGAGGACGGAUCGAACUUUGAAGACCUGCUUUUCAAUGCCGACCUUGCGCUCUACCAGUCGAAGGAAAACGGCAAGGAUCGGCUCACGUUCUUCCGGACCAGCAUGAAGACCGAAAGCGAAACGGAAGCCAGGAUCGAGCGGGAACUUCAGGACGCAGUCAAGAACAACCAGUUUUUCAUGGUGUUCCAGCCGCAGGUCAAUCUGCGCUCGCAAACGAUAACCGGUAUCGAGGCCCUGAUCCGGUGGGACCAUCCGGACCGAGGUGUUCUGUCGCCCGGUGGCUUCCUGCCUGUCGUCGAAAAAACGAGCCUUGCGCCGGUACUGGGCGAAGUCGUCAUCGACCGGGCCAUGGCGGCGGCAAAGUACUGGCUCGACACGGGACUCGACUUUGGACGGGUCUCAAUAAACGUGUCGCCUGCACACCUGGCGUCCGGUCUGCUUGUCGACCAUUUCAAGGCCGCGAUGGCGAAAUAUCAGGUCCCGCCUGACCGCGUUACCGCCGAAGUGCUGGAAUCGGUCUUUCUGAGCGAUAAUCGUUCAGGCCAUCUGGCUGCGCUGCGGGAAUUAUACGAACUUGGUGUUCACAUUGAACUUGAUGAUUUCGGUACAGGUUAUGCCUCGCUCACCCAUGUGGCCGACCUGCCCAUAAACGGUUUGAAAAUCGACCGGUCCUUCACGAACCAAAUGAUUGACGACCCCAGAAAGGAAGCAGUGGUCAAUCAGCUUAUCCACCUCGCCCGAUCGCUCAACAUAAACAUUGUCUGCGAAGGCGUGGAAACAGAAGCGCAGUAUGACCGCCUGCGCAUGAUGGGCGAUUUUUCCAUCCAGGGCUUCCUGAUUGCCGAACCAAUGCCCCUAGAUCAGAUGACCGAAUGGAUGAGCGAAGCGUCCGACGAUCUCUAUUUCGUCAUUUGA